AUGGAUGAGUGGAUUGUGGUACAAAAAAAAAAAUCCGAUCGUCAUAAAAAGCAAGUCAUUGAUAAAUUAACACUCGAAAAUGAAAAAAAACAAAGAGAGAAAAAAAACGAAAAUGCGGAAAAUAAUAUAUAUGAAGAAAAAGAAAACAUAAAAAUACAAAGUAUAUAUAAUAAAAAAAAAAAAAUGAAUGUAAAAAAUAUAUGUAAAAAUAUAGAAAAUGUUACUUGUCAUUUGGAAAAAAAUGAAUUUUUUAAAAAUUUUAUAAACAAGUUUAAUACAAUAAAUAAAGAAAAUCUUAACAAAGCGAUUAUUUCUUUAGGUCUUGGUUCUUUAAUAGAUAUGAAUUUAAAUAACAAAAAAGCUUGUAUUUAUCAAUUUUCAUUUUUAUUAUUGUUAAAAAAAGUAUAUGAUAUAAAACAGGUAUACCUAUACGAUCCGAAAAUUUCGGAGGUUGAUCGGAAUGUAUGUGAAUAUUUUAACAUAAAAAUUUUAAUUUGCUCUAAUGAAGAGGAAGACAAAAAAGAUGAUGAAGAUAAUAAGAGUGGUGAUUAUAAAGGAGAUAAUUACAAUAUAGAAGAUAAUUAUAAUAAAGAAGAUAAUUAUAAUAAAGAAGAUAAUUAUAAUAAAGACGAUAAUUAUAACAAAGAAGAUAAUUAUAAUAAAGAAGAUAAUUAUAAUAAAGACGAUAAUUAUAACAAAGAAGAUAAUUAUAACAAAGAAGAUAAUUAUAUGCAUACAUUAAAACAUAAAGAACAUUACAAGUGCCCACAUAAUCCCAAUGAUGUUCCCUUACCUUGUACAGAAAAAAUGAAUAUAAUUAAAUUUUCCAGCGUUAUGGAAAAAGUCAUAUUAUUUAUGCCACAUUGCGAUAUUCAUUUAUAUGGAGAUAUUUUAUAUUCCAUUUUUGUUCAUGAAAAAUUGUUUUAUAAGAAUGUACAAUUUUAUUUUAAUUUAGAAAAUACAAUAUUUCUUGGAAAUUGUUUUGACUAUUAUAGAGACCAUUCUUAUUUAUAUAAACCUUUUGGUUUACCCUCUUAUGUUAUUAAAAUGUUAAAUGCAAAUCGUCAAAAAUUAAAUAUUUCAAUACAAGAAAAUCAUAUGAACAAAUUAUUGGCACAUUUUAAAACAUACCAUUUUAUUUUUUAUAUCCUAAAUUUCGUACAUGAAACAAAAUUUCCUAUUUUUCCUGAUCAUGCUGGAUCAUUCAAUGAUUUGUCAAUUACCAUCUUUCACAAGAUAGAAGAUAAGUUCAAAUUCUGGUCACACAUUUAUGAAUCUUUGAACAAUAUGUUAUAA